UUACGUACGCAGUACGCAGGUGUGUGAGCAGCAGGAGGUGUGCGCAGCGCCAAACUGAAACUUUUUACGCACCGUGCCCCCGCUUCCCAUUCACAUCUUUCUCUUUUCCUCUCGUGGAUUGAACACCUGCGCACCGACUGCUGCAGCCGAUUACAAUGGAUUAACGUUUCCUCUGGAGUCAUGCUCACGGUCUUGGUUGGUCUUGGCUCCCGCCGCCGAGUCCUCGCAGGGAACCGAUCCGACUUGGAUGCCCUCCAUUCCCGUUUCCUUUCCGCAUUCCCGCAGCCGCCGUGCGCGAUGCAGGCGUGGAGCUCAGAUCCGUGAUCUCAACAGAAAAAAAACCGGUUCCUCCGGCUAAUCUACCCAACUAUUGCUGGCGGUGCAUUAUGUUUCUAGCCAAAGGAAGAGAGGAAGCCCAGAGGACUGCACGGCUGCUCGCUGUAGGCUGUAAAAGGCCGUUUUCAGCGCACUGAGAAAGCCUGAACCGCGUUUUAUUGAUCGGUGUCACGAUAAAACCUGGAAUAACCCCGCCGCCGCGCUCCUUCAUGUCCCGGGAUGGAGGGCUGCUGUCGCACCUGUAUGCCGUGUUUGAGCCGGCUCUGGAACUGCCUAUGGCCGGACUUCCGCGACCCAGACGUCCCCAACAACAACCAUGUCAUCGCCAACCCGGCCGCGCAGACGGCGGAGAUCCGCACCGUGUCCGGUGACAUUCGCGUCCCGUCGCCCAAGAAGCGGCCGGUGCAGCUUUACGCGGCGCUCUUCGACUUCGAGGCCCGCAGCGACGACGAGCUGACGGUGAAGGAGGGGGACAAGCUGUCGGUGAUCGAGAAGCGGGGGGAGUACGUGCUGGCCAAGAAGCUGACGGGGUCUCUGGAGUCCGGACUGAUCCCGGCCAACUACGUGGCUCUGCUGCAGGACGAGUUCGCCAAACACAAGUGGUACUAUGGGAAUAUAAACCGUGUGAAAGCUGAGAAGCUGCUGCUGGCUUCCCAAAACAAAGAUGGCUCCUUCCUAGUUCGCAUCAGUGAGAGUCACAGUGACGAGUACACAAUCUCUGCCCGAAAUGAGGGGGCAGUGUACCACUUCAGGAUCCAGCGCUCCACCAUCGGGGCGUACUUCGUCUCAGAUAAGAUCUCCUUCUCUACGCUGGGAGAGCUGAUCUCCUACUACCAGAAAUACCCUCGCAGCCUGGGAGUGCUGCUGGAGGAGCCCUGCACCCAGCAGCGGGAGCUGUUCGACAUGGAGCCCUGGGAGAGACCCCGAGAGGAGUUCAGACUCCACAACAAACUGGGAGAGGGACACUUUGGAGAGGUGUGGGAGGCCAUGUGGACCAAGGAGAACAGGAAAGUGGCCAUAAAGACGCUGAAACGAGAGGACACGAAGCAGGAUGAGUUUGUGAAGGAGGUUCAGGCGUUGAAGAGCCUCCAUCACCCGAAGCUGAUCCAGCUGCUGGCCAUGUGCUCCAGAGGAGAGCCCGUCUACAUCGUGACCGAACUCAUGAGCAAAGGAAGCCUCAAGUCUUACCUCGCCUCUGCUGAAGGCCAGGUGCUGACAUCAGCUCAUCUGAUCUACAUGGGCAGUCAGAUCGGCGAGGGCAUGGCCUACCUGGAGGACCGAAACAUCGUCCACAGGGACCUGGCUGCCAGGAACAUCCUGGUGGGAGACGAUCUCAUCUGCAAGGUGGCCGACUUCGGACUGGCUCGGAUUAUAAGGGACAGUGUGUAUACAGCCAGCCGAAACACAAAGAUCCCGGUGAGGUGGACAGCUCCCGAAGCAGCGAUUUACCAGCGCUUCUCUGUAAAAUCAGAUGUCUGGUCGUUUGGGGUCCUGCUGUACGAGAUGAUGUCACGGGGCAAGAUGCCUUAUGAUGGAAAAAGCAACAAGGAAGUGUUGGAUCUGCUGUCAUCGGGGUUUCGGCUGCCCUGUCCAACGCGCUGUCCUCCCAAUAUUUACCGCAUCAUGAUGGACUGCUGGGCCGCUGAGCCCUCCAAGAGACCCUCCUUCCACGCCCUACACAGCCAAUUGGAUUCAAUAUAUGCCAGGAUCUAUUUUAAGACUAUAGAGGUAUAGAAAGAAGGAGAUAUGGAGGAAGAAGAGGACAGUGAGAGCCAAUCACCUGCAACUGGUCAUCGACCGCAGCAUGGACUGCAAAAUAUGAAAGGGAUAGGUGGAUGAGAAAUAGUAGGGAAGGACUAUUCUCCUCCCGCAUGAAAUCCACUUCCAAAACAGGGUAUAUGUACUUUAAAAACACCGAGGUGUGACAGGACAAAGAGAGGAGAGCAGCAGAAGCGAACAAACACAAGACGGAGAAGAUGCUCCCCAAAUCAAGGAGGAAAUAUAAGGAAUACUUCAUUUCUUAAGCUAAAAGAAAGCAAGGUGGACAAAUGAAAAAUUAAAAAAAAAUAUAUUCUAAGAAAACACUGAAAAAUAAAACCCUCUGCACAUUCACAGAACCAACUGUUUUUAAUUUUAUACCCUUUUGUGUUUUAUAAAUAAUAUUUUAUUACUGUGCCAUGUCUGAAUAUAUGCACUCUUUGAAAUGUUAUAAUAUCCUAUGUCAGGACUUAAAGUCAAUUGCCUGUCUUUUGACUGUGCUAAAAUCGAGGUUAUGUGCAAUAAUGAAGUGCUUGCUGGGUUUUUAGCCAUGCUAGCGGCGCAGUGCUCGAGAUGCUGAUGUGGCUCGCUCUGUUGGUUCACUUUGGGUUACAGUGAAAUAUCUCAACACAGGUUGAACUGAUUGUCAUGAUAUUUAGUACACACAUCACACUCCACAAAGGACGACUCUAACAACUCUGGUGAUCACAUUACUUUUCAUAUAGCGCCACCAUCAAGUCUUCUAUCUUGUUAUGAACUAAUGAACAAACUACCAUCAGAAUCAGCUGAUGAUUAAAUGAUAGGAUAGUUUAAAGGUAGCACUGAAUGAUUGCAGUGACCAAUGACGCAUGCAAGUAUCCAAAUCUAUCACUCAAAGGAAUAGUUUGACAUUUUGGAAUAUGCGCUUCUUUCCCCCCCUUUUUUUCAGAGUACAUGACCGUAGAUAAGAAGAUUGAAGGUUGUCUCUGAAGGCGUUUUCGGACCGGAGGAACUUUUUCAUUGUUCUAAGAACUGUCCUUUGCAUCAUGUCCGCACCGCAAGAACUAGUUCUUAAUAGGUGUUUCUUUUUUAGCUUUAGUAGAUACAAUCCCAGCACAUAAGGAACUUAAAGUGACAUAAGUGUACAGUGAUUGGUUUGAACACAUGAGCCAAUGCAGCACCGGCAUCCCAAGCACUUCCCAAAAUGUUGACCUAUUAGCUUUCAUGCCAACAAGAAUGCAAACAUGCUAAUGUUGCCAUGUUAGCUUCUCGAUGAACUCAUGCGCUAAGCGUUAGCGCUUUAGUAACCUAUUAAAGCUGGCAGUAAAUUGACAAUCGUUAGCAUGUUAGCACUUUUAGCAUGUCAGGAUUGAGCUCAAAACAGAUGAGCCUAAGUACAAUGGAGUCUGACAAGCUCUCAAGUCUGAGAUGUCCUAAAAUGGCCACUGUUCACAGGGUAACCCAUUUGAUUCUCUCCAUUUUUCAUCCUUCCAACAGUUUUUUUUCAUUUUCAUUGGGUCAUUAGCGUGGCUAAACACUGUCAGUCUUUUUAUUAACCACAAGCAUAAUGUAUUUAAUUCAGCAUGCCUUCUGUUACAGGAAUUCGAGAAGGUUUUUACAUAUCUAAUACAGAAUAGUAUGGGAAUUGUUUUCAUCCUCCUGUGAUAUUUUUUUGGGGGCUGACCCAAAGCCAGUGGGCCACAGAGCGUAAAGUGAUCAAACCUCUUUUAGAGGCCCACAGUGAUGGCCAGUUACAACUAGAGUGCCUAUGUUUACACCACAGACUGUCCACAGACUGUACUUCAAACCAUGGACUGUAAAGAAUUACAAAAAUUAAAAAACGAUGGCAAAAAGGCCUGCACAGUGAAUCAGACAUAUCCAGAAGGCUCUUUUUUGGGCGGGGGGGAGCAGGGUUGUUAAAUAAUGUUGCAAUGCAAUGCAAUUUGAGAACAAUGCAACUUUUGUCUUUUAUGCAUGAGAAUAUACAGCAGACAAAGCCAAGUUCAGGAAACUUUAGCCAUAAUCACCAAAUCACGAGAUUGAGUUGUAUGUGUUAGGCUGAGUGCCAUCAGGUACCAAACACCAGUAGUGCAAAGAAUAAAAUAUUUUAAGUAUUGUUUU